GUUUUCUUGUAGUGAACGUCGAGGAGGGAGAUGUUCUGAUGAUUUCGCUGCGAAGGAAAAGACAAACCGUUACGGCUUCGACUCGAGCUUGGCUGAAGUUCAUCGACAAUGACGGAGGAGGACCAGAAAGUACGGUGAAGAAAACUGCAACAUAGAUGACAUGAUGCACUAUGGAUUGAGAUACCAAAAAGUGAAAUGUGAUGAAGAAGUUUUUUAAUUUUAAUUUUUUGUUUAUCUGUUCCAAAAAAAUAAAUAAUCAAUUUAAUAAGAUAGUAUGAACUCUUUAGUCAGAUGUAUGACUUUAGUUGUAAUGAUUUGGUUUUUAGCAUGUAAAUAAUACUUGGAAACUGACUUGCGGUGUAAAAAACUCUUUGGUUAAUGGUCUUCUGUCUUCCACACCUGCUGAAAAUGAAAAAUACUUUUAAAAAGCGCACAAUACCUUAAUGAUUGCACUCUUCUCUCAUCGUUUAUUGCUGCUCUGUAAAAAUUCGCUUGACCAAUCGACCAUGGCGGCCUCCUCCUCUUCCUCCGGGCAAUCCCCGCCGCACAACCAAGUCUUCAUCAAUUUUCGAGGGGAAUUGCGGACGAAUUUCGUCAGCCAUCUGGUGGAGGCCUUAGAAACAGAUGGAAUCAAUGUCUUCAUCGACGAAAAAGCUCCUAGAGGUGAAGAUAUCGCCACCCUCUUUGGCAGAAUCGAGGAGUCAAAGAUCGCGCUUGCUAUCUUCUCAAUUGAGUAUGCGAAGUCAAAGUGGUGCUUGGACGAGCUGGAGAAGAUCAAGGAGUUCGUUGACUCCGGAAAACUUGUGGUCAUUCCGAUCUUCUACAAGGUAGACACAAACGAUGUGAAAGAUCUGAACGGAGUGUUCGGUAACAAGUUUUGGGAAUUGGCUAGGACUUGCAAAGGUGAAAAGUUCGACAAGUGGAGAGACGCUUUAGGAGUCGUUUCAAGAAAGUUCGGCUUCACUUUAACUGAAACGAGCAAAGAAAGUGAAUCUAUCAUUCAGAUUGUAAAGGCAGUGACCAAAGAGCUAACUCUCAAUUCGACAACACGGGAAAGAGUAAUCCCCAUUGACAAUCCUGGUGCAGGAGAUGAAGAAACGGCUGAAUCUGCUUCAGACUCGGCUCUUCCUUCCUUCGGCAUAGAAACACGUCUAAAUCAGUUGGAAGAGAUGUUAAACUCUUACGCAGACCGUACUCUUAAGCUUGGUCUUGUCGGGAUGCCGGGUAUUGGUAAGACCACCUUGACAAAGAUCCUGUAUGAAAAGCGUGAAGGCAAGUUUGUGCGCCACGCUUUUCUUGUAGAUGUGCGUGAGUUGAGUAAAAGCGGCAGGAUGAAUGGGAGAUAUCUCGCGAAGGAGUUGUUGAGGAAGGAAUAUGUGGAUGAAGUCGUCGAUUCCAUGCAAGCUGAGUCCUUGAAAAUACACCUACUCCGUAAUAAGUCUCUUGUUAUUCUUGAUGACGUGACUAACAAGAAACAGAUAGAAGUUCUUCUUGGCAAUGGCGACUGGAUUAAGGAAGGUAGCUUAAUCAUUAUCACGACGAGUGAUAGGUCAGUGAUCGAAGGGGAGGUUGAUGAAAUUAUGAGGUUCUUAGAUUAAGUGGCAGAGACAGUU